AUGCAGCAUCUUGCUAUGUUUGUUUCAAAUGAUCCCACCACCUUUGAGGAAGCAGCAAAAACUCAGGUAUGGAGGGAUGCAAUGGACCAUGAGAUUGCAACAAUUGAGAAGAAUAGAACAUGGGAAUUAGCAUAUCUGCCAACAGGAGCAAAAAAGAUUGGUGUUAAGUGGGUAUUUAAGACCAAAAUGAAUGAAAAAGGAGAAGUAGACAAAUGCAAAGCGCGGCUUAUCGCAAAAGGGUAUGUUCAACAAUCUAGAAUCGAUUACACUGAGGUAUUUGUGCUCGUGGCAAUAUGGGAUACAAUUCAACUAACGUUGUCCAUUAUCGCUAGUCGAGGAUGGAAAGUUUAUUAA